AGGAAGGCUACAGUUUCUGGACCAAUCACAAAAGAUGAGGAAGAGGUUGUGAAGACCCUGUAUGCUUUGGCGGGAAUGUUCCCUGACGAUGACUCAAUGGAUAAGGACAAAAUGAAUGGUGAACCGAUAGAAGUAAAGGCUUCAGCUCCUCCAGAAACCGUCACAGCAAUUGAAGUUAAAAAAGAAGAUACAAACAAAGUUCGCCAUCCACAAGCGGCCGAGACUGUUCCUCCAUUCACUGUAGAGGAUUCAACCAACGAUGCUGCUAAACUCAAGUCUUUGAAUGAAACUACCUCUCAAGAUCAGCCUAACUUGCCAGGAAGCAGAAAGCCCCAUUUUGAACAAGAUAGUGCUGGUUCUAAAAUGAGGCAGAUUGGUUCCAUCUCUUUCUUGGCUAGGAGUGAACCUGAAGUUGAUAAUUCAUCUUGCAUUCCUGGCGACUCUCAUGUUCUCUCUGAAUUAAUCUUAACUGGGUUGAAGCGGCAAUUGGUGACGGAUCUUUUUGAGAGAAAGGCAGAAAUGGCAUUUGGGGUAUAA